CUUCAGUCUCAGCCGCUCCUGUACCAGGGAACCACCAUGUCUUUCGGUCCAAUUAACAACCCUCCUGUUCCCUUUACAUUGCCACUAUCCCACGGUCUCCAAGAUGGGUUUAUGCUGGUCAUCAGUGGAGUUGUCACUGCUUCAGGAGACAGGUUUAAUAUAAACUUUCAGUGUGGUCAGUCUUCGAACGAUGAUGUUGCCUUUCAUUUCAACCCCCGUUUCAUUGAUGGCGGAAUUGUUGUGUGCAACACCAAAGAAAGUCAGAGCUGGGGGAGGGAGGAAAACAAACGGGAAAUGCCUUUUCACAGACAUCAGCCUUUUGAGAUCCGGAUCCUUGUUACUAACCACAGUUACAAAGUUUCUGUGAACAGGAAUCACUUUGUGGAAUACCAUCACCGAAUCCCAAUACAAAGGGUCAAUACAAUGACCAUAGGUGGAUGCAUUACCUUAACAUGUGUCCAUGUAGAAUCGCAAGGGGGUGGCUUCCCCUCUCAACAGUUCCCUGGUGCACCAAUGUUCAGUCCCCAGCAGCCUGGAUAUGCUCCUCAAGCAUUCCCACCUGGAGUUGCAUUCAAUCCCCAGCAGCCUGGAUAUGCUCCUCAAGCAUUCCCACCUGGAGUUGCAUUCAAUCCACAGUUUUCUUCUGCUCCAUUUCAGCCACAAGCUUAUGAAAUCCCAUACCAAACUAAUAUCUACGGAGGUCUGUUUCCUUCCAAGACGAUUGUCAUCACAGGAACGGUUACUGCAAACCCAAAAAGGUUUCAUAUAAACCUCAAAUUCCAUGGUGGAACAGCAUUACACUUUAACCCGAGGUUUGAUGAAUGCGCAAUUGUACGAAACAGUCACCUUAAUGGCAGCUGGGGCAAAGAAGAGCGCGAUCUACCAAGCGGGAUGUGCUUUGUGCCAGGACAAAGCUUUGUGAUUCAAAUUAGAUGUGAGCAACACGCCUUCAAGGUGAACAUGAAUGGAACCCAAAUAUGUGAAUUUCAUCACCGUGAGCACAACCUGCAGCAGAUAGACACCUUGGAGAUUGUUGGAGAUGUUGUCCUUCAAUAUGUACAAGUCUAGGAGUGGAUGUAUCAUAGCAUAUAUAUAUGACUUACAUAUCAUAUGAGCUUGCUUUGAACAGUAUAUGGUUGCUAUAGCUUAUUAGAACUGCAUCUUAUUUCAUUAUUUCAUUUCAGAAGUGUACAAGAAGGCACUGAUUAUUGGUUGAACUGAACAUUACUUUAUUUCUUAAACAGUAUGAAUGUGAGCCACCAUAUUGCUUCCAAUUAAAAGGUAGUUCACCUUGAUAUUAACUUAAAGUAUGAUGUAGGCAGUAAUAGUCUGAGACUAUUUGAAAUAGGAUAUUAUUUUCGUGCUUUUUUUUAUUAUUGAAAUUUGUAAAUCAGCUCUUCGUGCAGGAUUUAAAUGAGAAACAAGAAUAGAAUAGAAGAGGCUCUGAAUAGAAAUAUAAUUAAAUAGUAACAGCGCAAUAGCCUUUUUAUCCCACUUUGAAAGAAGCAAGAAGGGAGAUUAAAAAAGUAAACGAAGACCAAUUGGAAAGUUGCCAAGAAUAAGUCAUUCUUUAAAUAGGUAACAACCACUUUACAGCACCCACUAUUCAUGUUCACUAGGGGGCACAUUUACUAUGGGUCGAAUAUCGAGGGUUAAUUAACCCUCGAUAUUCGACCAUCGAAGUUAAAUCCUUUGACUUCGAAUAUCUGUGUAUAAGUGAUAUAGCAUCUCCUUCUCGCCCUACUUGAUAACAAGCCUUGUACAGUAUAUAAAUCUUUUAUAUAGUCUCUUUAAGUAAUAAACGUUUUUGAAAUGAAAACUCCUAAGCACAGAACAGGUGAAAAUUGAACACCUUAUUCUAUUAUCAGUUUUAUAUAUCUAUGUAUAGAUGUGUUCUGGAAGCCUGUUGUCUUUGGUUUUCAAAAUGCCUGAAUCACACUUAAUUAAAUAAUUUGCAUAUAGGUAACUUAGCUCACAAUAAAUCAGCAUUUUCAAAAAA